AUGUCUUUCAAGAUGAAUCUAGUGACCAAUGUACCUUCUUUAACAAAGGCAUUAGUGUCUACUCUAUUCUGUGUCUCAGUUGGCUGUUAUGUUUAUAUUUAUCGUACAAGUCUUGAUGAACCAAAGCAAGCAGUCUGUCCUUUUAUUGGACUAGUGCCAGGAUUUAUAUUUUAUGCACCUUGGACAUUGUUGACAGCCACUUUCUAUGAAAAUAACCCUUUUUCACUUACAUUUAGUAUUAUUGUAUUGUUAUUCUGUGGAAAAUACCUGGAACGGGCUUGGGGAUCAAGAGAAUUAUUAAAGUUCAUUGUCAUCACAGCUAUUUUAUCCAACAUCGUCACCUGGUUUGGCUUAGUUUUCACUUUUUAUCUAUCAGGAGACGACACUUAUUUAUAUCAAAUACAAAUCAAUGGUAUGGCGGGCGUAUUCUCAGCAUUCUUAGUUGCCUUUAAGCAUCUAGUGCCUGAACAUCGUCUAGCUAUCCUAGGAGGCAAAAUAUCUAUUCGUGUCAAGAAUUUGUUGGGUGUAGCUACGGCCGUUAGUAUUGCUAGUCUUAUCUUGAUGAAAGCGAUCGUAUUUUAUAAUUUAGUGAAUAUUGGAUGGAUCAUAGGUUGGAUUUAUAUUCGAUUCUUUAAAUAUCAAGAUGGUAUCCAAGGUGAUCAAAGUGAAGCAUUUGCUAUCCAUACCUUCUUUCCGGAAUUCUUACAUCCUGUUGUCAUGGUGAUCUCUAAUCAUGUCUACGAUCUUCUUGUCAAGUUAAAAUGUUGUAAACCAGGCGCACGCAGUUAUCGAGAUCUCGAAUUAGGCAAUACUACACCUCAACCAGGCUCAGCCCGUGCAGAAGCAGAAAGGAGAAGGGCACUGGCAUUAAAAGCACUGGAUAUGCGAUUAUCUAAACCACAAGAACCUACCUCGGAUAAUUCCGUUAUUUUUGAUGCAGAUGAACACAAGUAA